GAGCAAGUAGGAACUCCAUGGAGUGGUGACUGUCGCAGUAGAGAUGUGUCUGGGAGAAGAAUUCUAAACAGAUUGCCUCUCCUCCAGACAUGGCGUGCUGCCGGCGCUGGCCGGCGCUCUGCUCGCGGCCGUCCCUCUACACUCUGGCUCUGGGCGUUGGCUUCGUCACGUUAGGAACCAGUCGGGUUCUGCUCCUCAAGUUCUCGUCCAACGCCGAGAACAAGUAUGACUUCCUCCCAGCGUCCGUUAACCUGCUGGCAGAGGCGCUCAAACUGGUCUUCUGUCUCAUCAUGUCCGUGAGGGUCUUCAUCAAGGAGGGGCGGUCCUGCAGCGAUCUAGGCUUCUCGUCCACCGUCUCCUGCCUCCAGUCGCUCAAGUGGGCCGUGCCAGCGUUCCUCUACUUCCUGGACAACCUCAUCGUCUUCUACGUCAUGACCUACCUGCAGCCUGCCAUGGCGGUCCUCUUCUCCAACUUCGUCAUCCUAACAACGGCCGUGCUCUUCAGAAUCGUCCUCAAGAGGCGCCUGUCCUGGCUCCAGUGGGCUGCCUUGGUGAUUCUCUUCCUGGCCAUCGUUUCCUUGACAACGGGAUCAGGUGCGCACCAGGACGCCAUGCCAGUGCCGACCUUCCGCCUGAGCCCCUUGACCACCUCGUCCAACUCCUGCUUGCUCUACACCCAGCUGCUGGAGCAGAUGAGGAACAGCAGUGCCAGUGAGUCCUGGGUGUCGGCUCUCCCUGGAAAGGCGUGGAAGGACAGCGUGUUGGGAAAGGUCCAGGCCCUCGGUGUGGGUCAUGUCCUGCUGCUGCUGCAGUGCUUCAUCUCCUCUAUGGCCAACAUCUACAACGAGAAGAUCCUGAAGGAAGGAGACCAGCUCACGGAGAGCAUCUUCAUACAGAACAGCAAACUGUAUGGCUUCGGUGUCAUCUUCAACGCUCUGAUCCUGGGACUGGGCCAUGAAGCACGGGGACUCACCGUCCACUGUGGCCUCCUGCAUGGACAUAAUGUCUUCUCGCUGGCUCUGGUGGUGGUCACAGCGGCUCUGGGUUUGUCCGUGGCCUUCAUCCUGAAGUUCCGGGACAACAUGUUCCACGUGCUGACGGGUCAGAUCACCACCGUGUUGGUCACGGCCCUCUCCCUCUUCCUGUUCGACUUCCGGCCCUCGCUGGACUUCUUCCUGCAGGCACCCACCGUCCUGCUGGCCAUCUUCAUCUACAACGCCAGUCGGCCCAAAGACCUGGAGUACAGCCUGCAGCAGGAGAAGCUGCGGGUCCUCAACCGAGAGGUGCAGAGGUCCAGAGGGCCUCGCACCCGAAACCAUCCAAAACAAAUGGCUAAAGAUCAAGUUUGGUCCUCACAAUAAUAUUGAUAAGGAAUAAGGAAGUUGCACCCGUGGAACAAGGAGUGCUAGAGAUAAGAUGAGUGAGAAGCAGGAGAGGAGAAGGUAUUGAAGGAAAGUUGGAGGGAGGUGACCGAGCAAACCAAGGAAAAUGAGGGCGCAGACAAGACAGGAAGGUGAGGAGGAGAGAGAGUGAAGGUGACCUAAAGCGACAGCGAGCUGAGACCUAAGGGCAGGAUCUGUUUAGGCCGUAAUGUUGUGUCGGGUCUUGCCGCAUCACUGACACGCGUGAUCUGUGCUGUGGUGGUUGCCAGGACGGCGAGGAGCUGGAGCUGCUUUCCAAGAACAACAGUGACAGUGAUUUUGAGGAGUCGUCGCCAUAGCAACAGCCAGCUUCCACGGACCACCUGAAGAUGUUUUCAUAUCAACACCUGAUGAGGGAACAAGCCACGGUUUACAGUGAGGAACAGGCCAGUUCUCAGAGAGACUCUCAUCAUUCCUCUUUUAUUUUCACACUGUUGGUCCAAUGAAGGUGAUUGAAGUUGUCCAAUAAUGAGAAUGUAUCAUGUAAUUUUUUUUUUUAACUGUUUACUGCACAAGUGGAGCUCAUGCUGCUGUGGACACAAGUCUGUGCCAAAUGAUGUAAAUAUUCUACAAUAAAUUCUUAAAAAAAACAUUUCCCUGCUAUU